AUGAAACCAUUUCCAUUCAAAGAAAUAAGCCAUGAAAAGAGAAUUUUUAAUUACAGGCUUUCACGUGCAAGACGAGUAGUUGAAAAUGCUUUUGGCAUAUUGGUGCAACGGUUUAGAGUUUUGCGUCAAAGCAUAAAUGUAAAUGUGGACAAUAUUGAUUAUAUUGUCUUAGCAUGUUGUGUUUUACAUAAUUAUUUACUAAAAACAUCACAUGCCAGAUAUUUGACUUCCAAAAGUGUGGACUGUGAAGAUGUCAGAGAAAUGAAGUUUCAACCUGGUGAAUGGCGGCGUUCUGAAAGACUAACUCCUUUAGAAAAAUGUUCCACAAGACAAAGAAAUGAAGAAGGAAACAACAUUCGAAAUAUUUUUACAGAGCAUUUGAGUGGCCCCGGAAGUGUAAAUUUUCAGGAACAAAUGCUGAGAGUUGUGAGAUUAUUCGAUGAA